AUUCAGCUCACCCGGAUUACAGCGAGCUCUCCGAGACGAAGCCGAGGUGAUCUCCAGCUGACCGCACGGGCGCCCACCUAUCCCGGCUUACUUCCUGAACUUUGCACCGUAUUUACCAGGAGCUUAGGAACACAUACACGCCAGCAAUGCUUUCCAGGACGGCCAGGGCGAUGGUGAAGACACUUGGUGCCAAACAGCAGCCAUGGAAGGCGCCGGAGUUCUUCCGUGGGGCGAUCCUGCCGCCGGGGAGGAUGCUGGCUCACCAGGCCAACCUGCCCCGCCUGCCUGUCCCCGCCCUGUCACAGACACUACAGAAGUACCUCAGCGCUGUGCGGCCACUGUUAGAUGAUGACGAGUUCCAACAUACAACAAAGUUAGUAGAGGAGUUUGGCAAAGCAGGUGGACUUGGAGAAAGUCUUCAGGCCAAACUUCAGAUGAGGGCAUUGGAAAGACAAAGUUGGCUGGCUGACUGGUGGCUCCACACAGCGUACUUGGACUUCCGCAUGCCUGUUGUGAUGCACGUGAGCCCUGGUGUCGUGUGCCCACCUCAGAACUUCAACGGUCAGGAGGAACAGCUGAAGUUUGCUGCUAAGAUGGUUACUGGUCUCUUGGAUUACAAAGUGCAAAUAGACAACCAAUCAGUGCCCAUCGACAAGCUUGGGAAGAACUUCCUGUGUAUGGACCAGUACUACAAACUGUUCUCUGCCUGUCGGAUCCCGGGGGAGCGGCGGGACCAGGUGGUGGUGUACGGACCUGGCAGCAACGUCAGGCCCAGGCACAUCGUGGUGGCACACAACAACAAGUUCUUUUCCCUGGACGUGUAUGAUGAGAACUGGAAGCCCCUGAGUCAGGACCUGAUCCAUGCCCAGCUGCAGAAGGUGGUGUACUACUCCAGGUACCCCAGUGAACCUGUGGGCAUCCUCACCUCGGAGAACAGGAACACAUGGGGCAAGGUCUACAAGCUGCUGAAGAAAGACAAAACGAACAAAGCCUCCCUGGAUGCCAUCAACAAGGCUAUCUUCAUGCUGUGCCUGGACCAGGAGGUGUCCCGGGGUGAGGACAGUAAGGCCAGUAUGGCUCACCAGCUCAUGCACGGGGGAGGAAGUGAGCUGAACAGUGGCAACCGCUGGUUCGACAAGACACUACAGUUUACUGUAGGGACAGAUGGAGCCAUCGGACUGACAUAUGAACAUUCCCCUGCUGAAGGCCCACCCAUCAUCUCACUGUUAGAUCACAUGAUGGACUACUGCUCCCAAGCUCCAGAAGUAAAGGAGACAACAGUGCAGCCUAAGGAGCCUGAGAGACUACCCUUCACUGUGAAUGACAAGAUACUGGAGGCCAUUGACACUGCAAAGAGAAACCUUGAUGUCCAAGUGAAGGAUUUGGACAUGAAACCUGUGACCUUCCAAGAAUACGGAAAGGGCUUCCCAAAGUCACAGAAAAUGAGUCCAGACAGCUACAUCCAGAUUGCCUUGCAGUUAGCCUACUACAAGCUUUACAAGGUCCCCUGUGCGACGUACGAGAGUGGCUCAACACGCAUGUUCCACCUGGGCAGGACAGACACCAUCCGGUCAGCUUCUGUGGAGUCACUGGAGUUCUGUAAAGCUAUGGAGGACAGUGUAAUUCCUCCUGGAGAGAAAGUUGCCCUUCUUAGAAGAGCCAUAGAGGGACAUAAGAAAUAUGCUCAAGAGACUGUGAGUGGACAGGGCAUUGACAGGCAUCUGCUGGGGCUGAAGCUGACAGCUAUCGAGGCAGGGCUGAACGUGCCUGAGCUGUUCAUGGACAGUGCUUAUGAGCAGGCCUUACACUUCAAACUCUCCACCAGUCAGGUUCCUUCCAAGUAUGACUCCUUCCUGUGUUUUGGACCUGUUGUCCCUGACGGUUACGGGUUCUGCUACAACCCCAGAGAGGACCACCUCAACUUCUGCAUCUCUGCCUUUAACAGCAGUCCUGCGACUGAUUCCAGCAAACUGGCAGAUUCCCUCCACCAGAGCCUGCUGGACAUGCGGGAACUUCUCAGCACUCAAGCCAAACUGUAGUAUAUACAAAUGUAGGAUUCAGUUAUCACAGUUAGAGGGGUGUCUCCAGUCAGAGCUACAUUGUAGUCUCCCAGCAGGCGGCUGGCUAGGCGGUCUGUUCACAGGAUUCUAGCUACUAAUUAUAAGUCACUAAGUGUGUUUUUAGCCUAAUGGGCCAUCAUGCUUUGACACCAGCACCCUGAAUGAUAACAAAUACUCUGGUUUUCAACCAGCAUAGUGGUACAUGUACCACUUCCCUCGAGCAAUGUCUGAUCACGCAUGAAAAAUGUUGAUAUGGCUCUCAAACUGAUCAAAAGAUCCUCAAAAUUGGAUGUGAAUGGAUAGCCUUGGAAUACCAACUUUUUUCCCUGCAUUUUCAAAAUCCCUUCACCCUCUACACUCCCAAAAGGUGGGAUAGGUGCUACCAUGGCAUUACAAUUGUGCUAAAAUAAAAUUCUGGCUGGAACCCUGGCUCAAAAACAAAAUAAAUCAUAUAAAUAAUUGUUGCAAAAGAAAAGGCAGGCAUAUAACACUGAGAUUAGUUCUGACCAGAAGUGUAUGGAUGAGUUGAGAUGUGUUCUGUUGUAUUUGUAAAUAUUCUAUCUCCUCCAUCCAUCCACACCAUUGCUAUAGCAAAAGUUGCAGUGUUUUUGUUUUACUGACCCCAGUACAAUGGCAAAACAGCCUUCCAACACAACCUAGUUCAGUGUAGAUUAUAAGCAGAAGGAAAACCUUGUGUAGAUUUGUAUAGGACAUGAUAAUAUUACUCAGACAAGUCUUGAAUGCAUGUACAGACAUGUACCAUUUUAUCUAUGUGCUGCAACAAAGUUUUAGGCUCUUAGCUUGGAAGCUGAAUGGACUUUUGACCCAAUUUUGCUAACCAAUCUGAAUUGCAAGAAAUAUAUAUUAUGUUCUUCCACCUCAAGCUGGGCAACAAAAUAGAGUGACAAUACAUCUGUCGACCAGAAUAUCUUCAUAUUCAUAAAGAAUGUCUCUUGUAUUGUACUCAAUUAGUUUGUGGAAGCCAAACAUGUUUUAAUCAACUUACAAAGUGUAGAUCUGCUAUUUGUGCCUUUUUACAUUGAUUUCAUAGUCUAUAGAAAAUAAUUGUGUUACAAACUACAAAAAGACGUCUAUGCCAGUGUUUAUGUGCAAGAUUAUGAUACUCCAAGUACAAAUGUACAUUUAUACAAUAGAGUUGGCUUUAUCAUGACAUAGUCAACUUUGUGUACCGUUCUUUCUCUUAAAGACAUGUAUACACGUGUGCUGCAUUGUAUUUUACAUGCCAGCCAUCAGAAAAUAUUUUUAUUCAUCACUUUUUGUAAAUUUUUGUGACAUAUCAGAUGAAAGCUUAUAUUGCAUAACCUGUGUAAACAUGGUUAUUACUAUGUUGCACAAGCUCUACAUGUCAGCUGAUUGUUGUACCAUGCAGCACAGGAGUGUUGUUGCUGGUAAACAAUUAUUAGGUGGAUAUGUUGAGCUGUUUUAAAUGCUGUUGGCAGUGUGAAAGAGGAUUUUAAUGCUGUACAGAAUGCAUAUGGGCAGUAUGAUUAUGCAGUGAAUCUAUUAAUUUAUCAAAAGUAAUAAAAUAUGAUAAACACUGA